AUGUGUAUGCGUCUCACAUGUACGGACAAUAAGUGUUGCCUGAAGCACCACCAUUGGUUUUACUUAGUCAAACCACGCGUUCCAUCUACCUAUGCUUACACAGAUAAGAAAUGUGGUCUUGUGAGCGACAGCCUUGGAAAGAAUUAUAACUGCAGUCAAGCGUCUAACGACAAAUCCUCCAUAUACAUCCAGAGCAACACUGCAGCAGGCUGGGCUCCGAGCUACUGGGCAUUCGGGUGCGGAAAAGCCCCAGCAGAACAACCUAAUCCGGAAGUUACUUUCAAGAGUCCAUUAAAGCCAGGAACACCAAUUCUAGGAACACCCACAGUCCCCGAGAAGCUAACAAGUGGUCCAGAUUGCACUACAGAUGGUACACGAAGAGGACAUUGUGUGUUAAUCGAAUACUGCCAAAAGUUAGACACAGCCUUGGGAGUAAUGAUUUUCCACAACUUUGUAGAACGAUACGGAUGCGGACAGGUCACAGACGGCAAUUUUGGAGUCUGCUGCCCGAUUGAUUGAAUGUAGCCUGGGGGCUCUCUCAGACUCCAUAAACCUCCGCUGAAUGUGAUAGAUGCCCCCAAAGCCGAAGGAAAGGUGGAAUGGUUGAGCCCGUGGACCGGAGACACAUUUACACAACUUUUUUUUUUUUUUUUUUGUGAAGAAACUGACCAUGUCUUUUUGUUACACAACUUCUGUAUUUCUGUAAACCUGUGGCGUGAAACUUCACUGUAGGUUGCGCUUAAAAGGAUAAAGUUUUGAAUUUUACGCAAGAGUCACCACCUGUUACUAGGAUUCUCUAUCAAUAAGAUUUUGUAAAGUAUUAUAUGAUUUAUAUAUCAACUGAACAGUACAUCUAUAAAAGAUAAUGAUAAUUGUAAUAGAUAAAGUUAGCUGGUGUCUCAUUGCUUUCCAUUGCAUUGAUAAUAAACAGCCAUGUGUUACUCUGCUUCAAGAUAAUAAACAGCCAUGUGUUACUGUGCUUCAAGAUAAUAAACAGCCAUGUGUUACUCUGCUUCAAGAUAAUAAACAGCCAUGUGUUACUCUGCUUCAAGAUAAUAAACAGCCAUGUGUUACUCUGCUUCAAGAUAAUAAACAGCCAUGUGUUACUCUGCUUCAAGAUAAUAAACAGCCAUGUGUUACUGUGCUUCAAGAUAAUAAACAGCCAUGUGUUACUCUGCUUCAAGAUAAUAAACAGCCAUGUGUUACUCUGCUUCAAGAUAAUAAACAGCCAUGUGUUACUCUGCUUCAAGAUAAUAAACAGCCAUGUGUUACUCUGCUUCAAGAUAAUAAACAGCCAUGUGUUACUCUGCUUCAAGAUAAUAAACAGCCAUGUGUUACUCUGCUUCAAGAUAAUAAACAGCCAUGUGUUACUCUGCUUCAAGAUAAUAAACAGCCAUGUGUUA